AUGACGGACGAAUCUUUUAGUGGGAGUAAUGAUGCGGAUAGUUGGGUUGAGAAUGGAAUUGCCAACCAUCAUAUUAUUUAUCAUGAUUACGAAGAAUUUCAACGUAUUCAACGCAUAGAUACUGAAGGAUCAAGUAACGUGUACAAAGCAAAUUGGAAGAGUAAAAACACCAUUGUUACAUUAAAAUCUUUUGGGACAAAAAACUGCAUUACGAAAAAUUUUGUUAAUGAGUUACAAUUAUUACAUCAAGUUAAUCCUCACGAGAACAUCAUUCGAUUCUUUGGAAUUACCAAGAGAACAUCGUUGACUGACCUGUCAUCGGAUCCCGGAACGUUGGCUUAUACCGAUCCACAAUACCUCAGAAUGCAAGCGAGUACCAAUGGCAAAUUUCAAUAUGAAAUUAUUAAGAAAUCCGAUGUAUACAGCGUUGGUAUACUCUUAUGGGAAAUCUCAUCCGGACGACCACCAUUUGAAACUUAUAAUAAGGACGCGUUAUUCUUAGAACUUUUAAAUGGAAAAAGGGAAACCCCCAUCCCUGAUACACCAGCGAAUUAUCUUAAUAUUUAUAAAAAAUGCUGGAGAGAAAAUCCGAACGAUAGACCGAAUAUACAACAGGUCUUUGCCGAAUUGAAGCAAAUUAAUUUGAAUGAGAAAUGGGAGAAAUUAAUGAAAGAAUUGGAUCAAAUGCAAAUGGAUGAAGGUUCAACAACGGUUAUUAACUCGAAUGACAAUGAUUUGAUUAAUAAUGAAUUGUUAUCAUUACUUGAAAAUGCCGAACAAAGUGAAAAGAAGAAUAAAGAGAUUAGGAAUGAAGAACCGAACAAUGAUUACGUUCAAUCCGUCAAACAGCAUAUAAUGUUGAAAAACAAAAAUGAAAAUGAUUUUAAGUUAUUUGCCAUUUGUUAUUUACAUCCUUCCCCUCCUUUUACAACAGCUAUGCUCGUUGAAUUUAAGGGAACAAUGAAAGCGGAUACAAUUUGUAUUAAGCAUUUAGAAGUGUUGCAAUCAAAUAUCGAAAGUAGAAAUGUAGAAAGUACUUUUGACCUACAUGUUUUUGUAGAUGAUUCUAGACUUACCAAGAGUUGUUGGAUGACGCAAUCGUCCUGA